ACCACCUCCACCGCCAGCUAACGCUCACUCUCUCUCUCUCUCUCUCUCCCCAUAACCCCCACUUCACGUUGUUCGUUUCUCUCUCUAAAACACACACACACAAUGUAUAUUGGAAUUGAAGAAGAUGGAGUUGUUGAAGCGAAGUAGGAGAGAUUGAAUGCAGAGAGAGCGAUGAUUAGGGAGAAGAUGUUCAGGUUGCAUAGGCACAAAUCGUCUACUAAAUCUGGAGAGAGAAUCGACUUCAACUUCUCCAACAUUCAGGCUCUUCAGGUACCCAAAGGAUGGGACAAGCUUUAUGUCUCUCUUCUCUCCACAGAAACGGGGAAAACUGUCAGCAAAUCAGGGAAAGCAUCAGUACGGAAUGGGACGUGUCGAUGGACAGAGACUUUGUCAGAGUCUGUCUGGAUUUCACAGGAUGAAGCUCCAAAGGAAUUUGAGCAAUACUUAUUCAAGCUAGUCGUUUCGAUGGGUUCAGCUAGAUCCAGUAUCCUUGGAGAGGCUACCAUUAAUCUGGCAGGUUACAUGAGUUCAAGAGCUUCUAUUCCUGUUUCAUUACCUUUGAAAAAGUGCAACCAUGGGACAAUUUUACAAGUUGAGAUUCAGUGCCUAACUCCAAGAACAAAAAGCAGAGAAGAAAAACAGAGACACACAAAUUCAUUUGCGGAAGAUGCAAAUUCAGAUCUUGAUGAUUUGGAAAAUAAAUCAGAGGUGUCUGAUUGUACAUUCACUAGGAGUGUUGGAUCUUCCUCUAGUAACCAUUUGGAUGGUACAUCUCAUCCAGGGGAUCUUGCUAGCAGGGAGACAAGUUUCUCAGCAUCAGGUAGCUUUGACUCAACAGAAGAUUCCUUAGGAAGGGAAAGCUUUUCUCCUCAAAGUAACAUAAGUGGGGUUGUACAACAUGUCAUUGGAAGGCAAGAUUCAGCUGGCUCGCAAUUUUGUGCACCUCAUGGCUCUCAUCCCGUCUAUGAUUCUCCCGGUUCAAACAACUCAUCUAAUAGUUCAGUGAACUCUGGUUCAGUAAGGCAUCUUCAGAAUCAAAGAGGAAACUAUGGACAAAUCUCACAUAUCACGUCACCAUUACGAAAUGCUGGUUCCUCUAUAAAUUAUCUGGAAACUGAAGAGGUCACAAUUGAAGAACUUCGGGCAGAAGCUGGGAUGUGGGAACGAAAUGCUCGGAAGUUAAUGCUUGAUCGGGAAUUAUUGAGUAAGGAAUUUGCUGACCAGUCAAAACAACUGACAAAUCUUGAUGUGGAGCUUUCUGCAUCACGUACAGAAUGUGAUGGGCUCAAGCAGGAAAUUGAACACUUAAAAGUCCUCUUAGAUGAAUCGAUGGAGAAACAAAAAGGUAUUGAGAAUUUGAAGAUUCAAUCCAAGGAUAUGGAUAAUAUUCAGAAAGUAUUGGAAGAUGAAAUCAAGUUUCAGAAAGAUUCGAACGAUGGUUUGGCUAUGCAGCUUAAGAAAACACAGGACUCAAACCUUGAGCUUGUUUCCAUCCUUCAGGAAAUGGAAGAGACAAUAGAGAAACAAAAGUUGGAGAUAGAGAACCUCACAGUGCUGAAAUCUAAAUUUGGUGAUUCAGGUAAAAAGUACAGUUUCAGGCCUGAGGACAAUGGAGAAGUAAAUCCAAGCGAGGAAGUUUCGGCAGAGAAAAUGAGGAAGGUCUCUUGUGAUUCAGAUUUGGAAGGUAGUCCUGUGGAACACCUGAUAACUGUUUCGUAUGCAGAGUUUGAACAAGAGGACUACUCAAAUUUAGAACUCCAGCUGCAACAGCUGCGAGAAUCACAAAAGAAUUUGGAAAGUACCAUUCUACAUCUAGAAAAAACACUGGAGGACAAAAAUCACGAGAUAAUAAUUGAACGAGACCUCAAGUGUCGAACUCUUCAGGAUUGUGAAGCGGAAUGGAGAUGUAAAUUAACUGUGAAAGAGGAGGAAAUCAUCAACUUGGAAGCAAAGUUAUCAAAAGCACUUGGCAACAGAGAUUCAACAGUAACGGAGUCUGAAAAUAGAGGUGAUCUCAAUCUGAUCGAAGAAAUUGAAGUUCUAAAAGAAAAGGUUCAGGAGCUUGAGAAAGAUUGCAAUGAGCUUACAGAUGAGAACUUGGAACUUCUGCUUAAGCUAAAAGAAGCCGGAAAGAAUCUACCAAUAAAUAGUGCCUCUGAAUCUGAUGUAAGAAAACUUAGGUACCAAAUAUGCCAGCUCAAACAGGAGAUAAAGAAUGAGGAAAUCCCUAUUGAACGAGUUGCCACCAAUCAUAUACGGAUUCAAAAUGUAGAUCUUGAACAUAAGUGUGCUGAAAUGGAACUCCAGUUGCUGUCUUUCAAGGAUGAAGCUUGUUAUCUUAAUGCUGAACUUCAAAAAUGUCAUUCUAAAACAGAAGAGCAGGAAAUUCAAAUUGCUGCACUGCAGCGACAGUUAGAAUAUUGCCAAGGGGAAAAAACUGGAAGUAAGGACAAUCCUGCAGAUAUUGGUACAAAGUUGGAGAACUCUGAAUCUCUAAAUGCCAUUGAUAAGUUUGAAUUGCUGCCUGCAUUAUUUGAACAGCUCCAACUUCUCUUAGUCAAUGUAAAGAAGCAACGGUAUACUCUUUAUUCACCUGUAGAUACUGAAUAUACAUAUGCUGCUAAUAAUUCAUUUAGUUUAUAUUGUAAAGAACUGACUACUCAAAAAGGACUGGAGGAAGCUGUAUUGGACAAUUUGGUCCAGCUGAACAAAUUAUUUGAAGCAAAGAUAGCUGUGUGUGAAGACAAUCUUCCAUGUACGGAAACAGUGAUCACAUCCACAAAUGCUAAUGAAAUCCAAAACAAACCAGAGGGUGAUAAUUUGGAGAAAAUUACCCUUUGUGCUUGUAGUGAAGGAAUCAGCAGUUCGAAUAAGGAAGUAAAAUCCAGAGUUGCAGAUCUGAGUAAGGAACUGUUGGCAAAAACUUCUCAGAUAGAAGAUCUUAAUGCUGACCUUUUGCUGAGGGAAGAAGAGAUCGAAGCUUUAAGGCAUCAUCAAAGGGACUUGGAAACUCAAAUUUCUGAUCUCCAAAAGAUAAAAGAACAGAUGGAAGGAAAUAUGGAAAUCAUGCAAAGAGAAAGAAGUGUCAUCUCUGAAUGUUUGGAUAAUUUGAAAAAUGAUUUGAUGGUGCUAAGCAGCAGUAUGGAAUCCAAAAUUUCAGACAACAAGGUCCUUGAGAGGAAAUCACUGGAGCUAGAAAGUACCAGAUGUGAAUUAGAGCAUCACUUGUCAGAACUAGAAGAAGAAAACUUAUGUUUAUCGGGACGGAUAGCUGGCUUGGAGGCUCAAUUAAGAUAUUUGACGGAGGCAAGGGAGGCAAGUCGUUUGGAACUGCAGCAUUCAGAAUCUCAUGUUUUGAAUCUUCAGGAUGAUAUAAGAAAAUUGGAAAAUGAAAUGGAGACUCAAAAGAUUAGUAUGAAACAGAAGACAGAGGACAUGCAAAACCGGUGGUUAGAGGCUCAAGAAGAGUGCGAUUAUCUGAAAAAAGCAAAUCCGAAAUUGCAAGCAACUGCAGAAAGUCUCAUUGAAGAAUGUAGUUCACUUCAAAAAUCCAAUAGAGAGCUAACAAAGAAAAAAAUUGAAUUGCAAGAGUGUUGUACUGUUUUGGAAGUGGAACUCAAGGUAUCGCGAAAUAAAUUCUUUAACUGCUUGGAAAAGAUUGAAGAUUUAGAUGCAAAAUUUUCUGCAAUUCUUGAGGAAAUUGCCUCAAAAGAGAAAAUUUGGAUUUCAGAACUGGAUGCUCUCCGCCAACAAAAUGAAGAAUAUAAAGAGAAACUUGUUGUCAAGGAUGGCUUGUUUACUCUAAUUUACUCGGAGAAGGCAGCUGAAGUUGAAAACCAUCAAGAGGUAGCAGACCUCACUGGUCAGAUUCCUGAAGCUGAUCUUGAAGAAGUCCAAGGAAAUUUUCAGUUGUCUCAGAAGAAGAUUGAGAUCACCCACAUGGACUGUGACAGAAAGAUACUAGAUCUGAUGAAUGAGCUUGCUGUUUCCAAAGAAAAUCAUGAAAUUCUGGUGGCUAACCAUGAAAAGCUACUGGGGUUGUUGGAAGAUGUCAGAUCUAAUGAAGACAAACUCAAAGGCACGAUUAAUAGUCUUGAAUCGAAACUAAAAUCAGCUGAACAUGAAAGGCUACAACUUACAGAAGAAAUUUCCGGCCUGAAAAUCCAAUUGCAGAAAAUUUCACCUCUUCAGGAUGAAGUUUUGGUUCUCAAGGGGUCGCUCUACGGGACAAAAUUUGAAAAUGAAAAACUGCAGACCUCAUUACAAUUUUUAUCUGGAGAUUAUGAAGAAUUGAAGACCGAGAGAAUCUCACUUCUUCAGAAAAUCUCAAGCAUGCAGAAGGCUACUUCUGAAUUGGAGAAUUGCAAACGCAGUAAAGACGCCUUGGAAGAAAAGAUGUUGCGGCUGGAAGGGGAUUUAACUGCAAGUCAAGCACAAUGCACCCAGGAUUCUGAGCUGAAAAAUGAGCUUGGUCGAAUUAAAAGACUGAAUAGCCAAUUUCUGUGGAAGAUAAAACAUGUUGAGGAGGAGAAGGAAGAGUGGCUCCAGAGAGCUCAAGCCCUUGAAGAGGAGCUGAAGCAGAAGAAAGAAGUAAAACAGGAACAAAUUGAGUCCAGAAGUAACCAUUUUGUUGAAGACCCAAGAUCCUGUGCUACAAAUACUUCUAUCAACCAGGAAUUGAAACUUUCAGAGAAAAAGGAAGAGGGUAACAUUGUCCAAUUAAGCAAAGAUCAAUCAGAAUCAUGUGUGAAGACUGAAAAUCAAGGAAUAGCUCUCCAUCAAAGACACGACAAUGAUGAACAAUAUGAUAAUACGGCAAGCUCUCCAAAGGCAGCAAUUGAUACAGCUUCUAGGAUACAAUUUCUUGAGAAUGAACUUGCCGAGGCUUUGGAGGCAAAUGACUUGUAUAAAGCACAGCUUAAGAGUUUGCUGGCUGAGGAGGUACAAAUUGGUCAAGCAAUCAACAAAGAAGAAGAAAAACAGAAAGCAGAUAAGCUGGAAGCCGAGUUAAGAGAGAUUAGUGAGCGCUAUUUGGACAUGAGUCUCAAAUAUGCAGAGGUAGAAGCUCAGCGGGAACAACUUGUGAUGAAGCUCAAGGCCGCCAAUAGUGGGAAGAAAUGGUUUUCAUAAAGACAGGAGGGAGGUUUUGGCUUUAUCUUCCCAAUAUCUUAGCAAUUUUCCACUCUAUUCUUCAUUUUUUUUUUUCUGUAGAGUUAUAGCUUCUAUUACAACUUGCACUUUUUACAAGUGAUAAAAGAAAAUAUAUCCCAUACAAGGCGGUGGAGGAGGAGGCAGCUCCUUACAUUAAAGGAGGUGAGAUGAAGAAAUGAACAUGUCUUUAUAUUUUUGGUCGGGGAAAGAGAUUAAAUGUUAGCUUAGCUUGUACCAAAUAUCCCAUACAAAAUUUAGUUAAAACAGAAAUAUAAUUUUUUUAAAGAUAAUAAUAAUCUGAUCACAGCCCCUUGUAAUUCCCUCUCCUAGUUCAGGUACAAUAGCAAAAGUGUGUUGAGACCGGAUCUUCUGAAGCAAUGGAUGAAUGGGCACGAAGCGUAUACUUUCAAUUAAAAAUUUUAAUAUGAGAAUAUAUAAUUUUUAA